GAUCUGUUCAUUGAGAUGGCUGACCCUCCGGUAGAAAUAAACGUUGACGUAGAAGUUCCGUUGCAAAAUCAGCAACAAAAUCGAAACGGAAAUGGAAGAGCUCAAGCACAGUCUCUGUUUUCGUUCCAGAACAACACUUUUGGAGUCGUUCGUGAUCGACUGUUUCAUGCGAUGCUUGUUAAAGUUGCUCUGAGUUACAGCUCUCAUGUUAGCACGUUUUGGCGACGAGUUAUUGAAUUCGUUUCGCUGUUGAUAGCAGUUUGCUUACUGUUCACGUUGCUGUUCGUUCACUUGAUGUUCACCCGCUCGUCAACGACUUGUCUUGAUCAUCUUCGUGACUCGUGGCCCAGAGACGGUAAAUUUCAUUACCACGUACAUUAUUUCUGUAAACGAAACGAAAUGACUUGCUACUUUAAUCCCGUGGAUGUAUUAUUGUACGGUCCCCGAGCUAUUCCAGCUGAAGUGCGAGCGGGAAAGACUACAACACUUAGCAAAGCCAUCGCAAAGGUAUUCUUGAAGUUUUUUCCUUGUAAAAAAAAGAGGGUAAAGCUCUCGGCCAAUUCUGUGGAGAAUGUUUUGGAUGAUUCAGAACCUGAAGAUGCCUUUCGAUACGAAUAUCGGGUGGAAUACUCCCUGUUGUACGGAAUUUUGCGUCUUCCUGUUUCCUUCCGCAAUAAGCAUAACAUCAGUACUCUAUGGACAAGAGUUGACGCCGAUUCUGAAUGUUUCGGUGACGCCUUCUCUCGUCGUGUUAUGCGCGCUGUGCUCGGAUACGAAGACGUCGUGAUGGCUAGCCUACGCGCUUUGGCUCAUAAUUUAUCCGAAGAUGGGCUUGGCUACCUUCACGACUUGUCCACCAACGAACAUUAUCACUUCGUGUCGUUCAUAAUGUCCAAAAGUAGUUACAUUACAGCAGCUAUUGUAAUGUUGAUAUUUACUUUCGCCAUUUCGAUGCUGCUUCGGUUCUCACAUCACCAAAUUUUCCUGUUCAUUGUGGAUUUACUGCAUAUGUUUGAACUGAAUCAACCACUCGUUUUUCCCGCAGCACCUCUCUUUACUGUAAUAUUGGCUUUAGUUGGAAUGGAGACUAUAAUGUCUGAGGUGUUCGCCGACACAACGACAGCUUUCUAUGUAAUACUGAUUGUUUGGAUAGCGGAUCAAUACGAUGCUAUUUGUUGCCACUCGCACGUUAGUAAGCGUUACUGGUUAAGGUUCUUCUACUUAUAUCAGUUCUUUUUCUAUGCAUACCAAUAUCGCUUUGGCGGACAGUACGGUGGAAUGGCUCUUCUCACAUCAACGGCGUUUAUAUUCCAUUCUAUGGUGUUUUUUUUUCAUCAUUAUGAAAUGCCUUUAAUUUUGUAUCAAGAUCGCCUGCAGCGUAUUCUUACUGAGAUUGAUACUGCGCCGGUAAGGUUUUGUCGACAUAUUUCUUGUGCUUAUACCUGCGUUAUUUUCAUCCAGGAGUGCUAUUAA